AUGAGCACAACUCCCGAAACACCUGGUAAUAUCCCGCUAUGGCCGGCACCGGUGGAAUUCCAAUUUCCCAUCAUCCACAUGGAGCCCUGGGGGUGUUUUGACAAUUCAAACGCAAGCUCGCCCUUUCCCUCAUUUCCCUCGCUGGACAAUCUUCAGGAGCUCGUCCAGUUUCCAAUGGAAGUGGAACCCGAUCUCCUGAUCACUCCCAUGAUGCACAACGACCUAGACCAGCUGUAUUUCGAUCGCGCCUAUGCGUUUGCGCCCAUAUUGCAAAAGCACCGCUACCGUUCUUGGUCUAAACAACCAAAUCGGAGCAAGCAGAAAACUUGCCUACAGCAUGCGAUGUGGACGUUAGCCUCAUCACUCUCCAGUCAGUUCCAAGUUGAGGGGCGAAAAUUAUACGCAAAGACAAGACAACUUCUGCAUGCACUUGAGUCAGAGGAACCCUGUCACCAAAUAUCCCUUGAGCAGGCCCAGGCGUGGAUCUUGCUUGCGAUCUAUGAGCUGACAUGCCAAGACUUCCACCGAGGUAUGAUGUCCGCCGGGAGGGCCUUUCGCUUAAUCCAGAUGAUGAGGUUGUACGAACUUGAUGUACCCCAAACACCUCCCACCAUGCAACUGGAACAGUAUCAAGGGCAACUCACUCUUCAGGGGUCAGUCCAAGAUGACUGGAUCGAUAUUGAAACGAAAAGGCGGACCUUCUGGCUGGCAUACACAAUUGACCGCUUCACGAGUAUGGUGGAUGGGCUGCACAUGUUCUUUGAUGAACGGCUGAUCCGUACCCGCCUGCCGGCUCCCGAAGCGAACUUCGCAAGUAGUCGGCCCAUGGAGAUGAAUUUUCUCGCGGAUAUGAUUGCAGUCGUUGACCUCGAGUGGCCACAUAAAAACCUAUCGCCCUUUACAGAGAGCGUCAUCGGAGCUACCAUCUGUGGACGGGUACUGGAACAUAAACAGAAACCUCCGGCCCGAGCCUGUCAAGAGUUCUGCCGUCGACAUCGUUCUCUUAAUGCCCUGUUAGCGCAACGCAUCAGGAUGCUGCGCAUAUAUGCGUCAUUGGAGUACCCAGAUCCCAUCAUUGCCUUUGUUGCCCUGGCGGCACAUAUAGCCGUGCUUAUGCUCUACGACCUUAUCGAAUCCAGGCCCCUAGGUACCGAUGCACCAGGAAUGCAGCUUACUCAGGCUCUCUACACGGCACACAAGCAGCAGUCACUGGAUUCCGUGGCCGACAUGGCUCUCCUGAUCUCCGUACUCGGCCAGCACUUUCAGAUGCACCCCUUGACGCCCAUUUUACUCCUCCUAGGCGCCCGAUUCUCCCAAUCCCACCCCGGGCUAAACGACGCCUACAUCAAGCUCAUGCCCGGCAUCGUAACGACGUUGCAAGCCUCGACCGUUCUCAACAAGCUUGCCCAAAACUUCCUCCAACUCUUAGAACCCCAGAACGACAACUGGUGCGCCCUCACCUAG